AUGAGAAUCUGCUUGUUCCGUUCCGGUGUAUUCUCUCUCAUACUGCUAGCAGGGGAAAUGGAUGCAUUCACCUGCGGCUGCUGGCGCGCCCUCACAAACUUCUCCCCCAACUCCAACCACUACUCCUCAUCCAACGGCUCUCAGCUCUCCUCAUCCAACGGUUCUCAUCUCUCCUCAUCCAACGGCUCUCCAAUAAGCAACCGCGGCUGCUGCUUCCAGGACACCGACCUGGACCAGGACCGGAUCUCCCUCCCUCCCCUUCGCGAGAUCUCUCUCAGCAACGCAUCUGGACCGUUGAACGCUCCACCUGGAUCGCCAUCAACGGCGUGCGGUUCACCUGCUGGGUCGUACGGAAAGGUGGUGCUGAAAUCCCUGCACGGCGCUCCUGCUGGGAGCCUGGCUGUGCGACUGGGCGAGCUGAUGGCGGGGAUUGGCUCGCCUGAAGAGAUGGCUCGCCUAUGGCUUGAAGUCAUGCAAGAGGUGCGGGAUCGGUGGGAAGAGGGAAUCGCCAUCCCACACGUGUACGCAGAGAGGGAGGGGCCAGACGUGGGGGUGUGUGGCGUGCUGCAGCAGUGGCAGGUGCUCAACUGCGCCGUGGCCAGGAAGCGGUGGCGCAAGGCACGAGUCAGCACCGACAUUCAGAGGCACCUGCAGCACGCGCACCUGCAGCAGCCGGACUGCUUCCCCUUCUUUUCGGAAACGGCUGCUGGGGAUUUCGGGAGGUUCGAGCCGACGCUGUGCAAGACGUGUGGGAGUUAUAAUCUGUGCGAAGUGCUGCUAGAAGUACCCCUGGAAUCACCGCCUUGCCGGUCGCCCAAAGGCGGAUCCCCCAGGCGUUCUGCUGAGGAGAUCGGGUGUGUGCUGAGUGAUCAGAAUGACCCCUGCUCCUGGGCCUGCUUCCCAGACGCAUCUGAAACAGCUGCGACAGGGAAGUUUCCUGACCCGACUGGGACCGAGACUGAGACUGGGAUUCCUCCCACAGGGCGGGCAGGAGAAGAAUCUGGAGGCGAGUCGGGAGGGAUGCGGCUGCUGGUGACGGGGGCGCGCAUGUGCGUACCAGAGGUGCAGGAUGGGCCGCUGAUCACCAGCAUGUAUCUUGCAGAGCUGGAAGAAGCGGUCAUGCACACGGGCAGUCUCAACAUCGCUCACAAGAGGCUUUUUUCAGACAUGCAGGCAUUCAAGGCUGCAAAUCCGGGGUGCAUACUGGAGGACUUUGUGAGAUGGUACUCACCAGCUGACUGGUCCAGUGAUGCUCCUUCCACCAGAAUGGGAGGAGGGGGAGCAGCAGAGGGAGGAGGGGGAGGAGGAGCGGAAGGGGAAGCAGGAGGGGAGGAGAGUGGUUCCAGCGAGGAAGGCGGGUGUGAGGGAGGAAAGGGAGAGCGCAGCAAGAUUGGAUACCUGAGCACACGCAUGUCGGGCCCAGACAACAAGUGGAGACUGUAUUGGAGUGAAGCCAAGCCCAUGCCAGCCCUCCUGCAGCCGCCUCUCUUCGAUGAGUGUGAGGCUGGGGCAAGGAGCCUGGAGUAUCUGGAGAGCAUCAGCCCAUCAGAGCUCUUCAUUCAGCUCUUCACCUGCCUCGUGUCUGUGGGGUGCUCGGCAGCACUUCAAGUGACUCCCUUUGUGCGAGAGAUCAGCAGCAAGGCCACAUUGGAAGAUUCAGUGAAGUACAUCUUACAUGCGUGCGGGCGCCACAUGACACGGGAUAGAAUGCGUUACAUCUGCAUG